CUGGCGGUCUCGAGCAAGUCUCGAGCUCUACGGCAAUGAGAUUGACACAAAUACACGAACGAUCUGCACAACUGCGAGUGGAUCUGUGACAGACAAGUGACAGUCACAUCGCUUCACUGGACGGCGUGACAAUGGUCACGCAGACGCUCGCUGCGGUGCUCAUGCGCUUUCCCAGCUCGUCCACCUCCUCCAACGCUUCAAAGCUUCACAGCCGAGUCCCUGGUUCAAGGGCCUUGUAGACGACGCUGGCACGACAGACGAUACCCCGUUGUACACUUACGACUCCGACUCGGUCAUUAGACACCUACCUGGCCCUACCUCCAUAACAUUCCACUCCUUUACACGCCUAGACUCCGCUGCAAGUUAAAAUGGUGGAUGACAAGUACAUAGGGCUCAUACUCGCCGUGUCGAGCUCGCUCGCCAUCGGAACCAGCUUCAUCAUCACGAAAAAGGGCCUAAACGACGCAAGUAGUCGAUCCACGUAUGCACAGGCCUCGGACGACUAUGCAUAUCUCAGAAGUCCAAUAUGGUGGGCAGGCAUAUCAACAUUCGCCAAUUUUGCUGCGUACACAUUUGCCCCGCCAAUAUUGGUCACGCCAUUAGGUGCACUCAGCGUUAUCAUCGGCGCCGUCUUGGCAUCCUUCCUACUGAAUGAAGAGCUCGGUCACCUUGGGCGUGUCGGCUGCGCGCUAUGUCUGCUCGGCUCCCUCAUCAUUGUGCUGCAUGCACCAGAAGACAAGGAAAUCAAGACGGUGGACGAAAUCUUGCAUUACGCUAUGCAGCCCGGCUUCCUGAUGUACUGCUUCACUGUCCUGGUGUUCAGCGUAGUGAUGAUCUGGGCGGUUGUCCCUAAGUAUGGGCGGUCGAAUCCGCUUGUGUACAUCUCCAUAUGCUCGGUCGUCGGCUCGGUGUCUGUCAUGGCGAUCAAGGGGUUCGGUGUCGCGGUCAAGCUCACAUUCGCGGGGAACAACCAGUUUACACAUCUAAGCACCUACGUGUUCGGCAUCACCGUGGCGGGCUGCAUCCUCGUGCAAAUGAACUACUUCAACAAGGCGCUGGAUACGUUCUCGACAAACGUCGUGAACCCCAUGUACUACGUCGGCUUCUCCACAGCGACCAUCGUCGCUUCUGUCAUCCUAUUCCAGGGCUUCAACACCGAUGACCCAGCGAAUUCAAUAUCCCUUCUUGCCGGCUUCAUCACCACCUUCCUUGGUGUCCACUUGCUCGAGAUCUCGCGGAAACCCGAGUCGCUGCCCACCGUCGCCAAUGGCCAUGGACACUCCGCGCUCGAGAGCGGGAUAAUGAAUCCCCGCCUAAGCAUCCAAGGCCGCGUGUCUCUCGACGGGUGGGGUGGCGCGGCAGGGCUCCGCGGGCUGCGCUCCGCGACGCUGUUCGACGCGUACGACGUGGAGGACGAAAUCACGGACAACGUCGGGCUGACGCGGCUGCCGGAAGUGGUGGGCGAGGACGAGGACGAUGACGAGCUGGAGCAUGCGGACGAACGGACUCAUUUGCGCUAUCACCACGACGAGCGGCGGCAUGGCUCGGGGAGCCCCGGCAGCCGACACGCGUCGCCGCGGUGACAUGCCUGUCUGACUGUGUUUAGUUGUAUAGCUCUCUUGGUUGCGGACUAAAACUUACUAUAUACAACUACUACUCGUGUGUACUUUGGGGACUUAUCUAUGAGCUCUUGGAUGCGUCCACGCACAUGUUUUGACCAACCAGUACUUAGCGUUUUCCUCACUGUCACAUUGAAUCGGUUGUCUUCGACUCUCCUGCACGUACUUAUAAUUGGUUUGGCUGCAGGGUCGCGGCGUGCUUUCGACCACACUUGACUCGUGUGCCUGUCCGACUGUUGAGCUCACUGGCGGACCAGUCUCAAAACGCUACAUAUAUAUUCUGCUCAGAUCUCGAUCAAUCUGGAA